CCAAAUUCCCCUCCAUGCGGCGGGUCCUGAACGAGGUGGGCUCUGAGAUCCCCGACAUGAACGCCCUCACCCAGGUCCUCAAAUUCAAGCUGGGCUUUGCUGAUGUGGCUGAGCCCACUCCAGAGAUCCUGAAGAACUACAUGGAUGCCCAGUAUUAUGGUGAGAUUGGCAUUGGGACCCCUCCCCAGAAGUUCACUGUGGUCUUUGACACGGGCUCCUCCAACCUCUGGGUGCCUUCUGUGCACUGUCACCUCCUGGACAUCGCCUGCUUGCUGCACCACAAGUAUGAUGGCUCCAAAUCCAGCACCUACGUGGAGAACGGCACCGAGUUCGCCAUCCACUACGGGACAGGGAGCCUCUCAGGGUACCUCAGCCAGGACACUGUCACGCUCGGCGACUUGAAAAUCAAGAACCAGAUUUUUGGGGAGGCUGUGAAGCAACCGGGCAUCACCUUCAUCGCCGCCAAGUUCGACGGCAUCCUGGGCAUGGCCUUCCCCAAAAUCUCCGUGGACAAGGUCACCCCUUUCUUUGAUAACAUCAUGGAGCAGAAGCUGAUUGAUAAAAACAUCUUCUCCUUCUACCUGAACAGAGACCCCACGGCUCAGCCUGGUGGUGAGUUGCUCCUGGGAGGGACAGACCCCAAAUAUUACAGUGGUGACUUCAGCUGGGUCAAUGUCACACGCAAAGCUUACUGGCAGGUCCACAUGGAUGCCGUGGACGUGGCCAACGGGCUGACCCUGUGCAAAGGAGGCUGUGAGGCCAUCGUGGACACAGGCACCUCCCUCAUCACAGGCCCCAGCAAGGAGGUGAAGGAGCUGCAGACAGCCAUUGGUGCCAAACCCCUCAUCAAAGGCCAGUAUGUGAUCCCCUGUGAGAAGGUGUCCUCCCUGCCUGUGGUCACCCUGACCCUUGGGGGGAAGCCCUACCAGCUCACUGGAGAGCAGUAUGUCUUCAAGGUUUCUGCCCAAGGAGAGACCAUCUGCCUGAGUGGCUUUACAGGCCUGGAUGUCCCACCCCCUGGAGGCCCACUCUGGAUCCUGGGAGAUGUUUUCAUUGGGCCCUACUACACAGUCUUUGACAGGGAUAACGACUCUGUUGGCUUUGCCAAAUGUGCCUAAACCCCCCCCCUUGCCUCUGCCACACACACACAGGAGCUGUAGAGAGAGAGAGAUUCCCAGGAAUAGAAAACCCAGUGAGUGGAAAGGA